GGCAGACACGGUGUAAAUUACAGCAUGACAUUGGCUUUAGAAGAUGCAGACCAGAGCAAUUUGAAAUAUGUGAAUUCUACCCUGGGUGGUUUAGAGAAGCAAAAUGACCAUGCUGCAGAGGAUGAAGGAGAAGAGGGCAUUGAAGAGGAAGAGGAAAGAUGGGAUUCCUGCUUGCCUAAACCCAGCACUGAGCAAAUCGCUUGUCUAAAGAUGUAUUUUGGUCACUCAAGUUUUAAACCGGUCCAGUGGAAAGUGAUCUCCUCAGUUUUGCAAGAAAGAAGAGAUAAUCUAGUUGUUAUGGCAACUG